AUGCUCCAUAGCUGGAACCAGGUACAACCCAAGUCGCUUCCCAGACCGGCCCCCAGUUUAGGGACGUCACGGAGCUUCUGCCAAGGCCGAAAAUUCGAAAACUUUUUAGGUUUGAAGCCGAUUGCGGCCUAUUUUCUGACAUCUGAAAGGAUCCCGUCACUGUAUCCAUGGCAGUUGGGAAGUCGACUUCGUUCCACUUCUCUGUACAACUGUGAGCUGGAAUUGAAUGCUGGCAUCACCGUUGCCUCCAGGGACACAAAACCAAUUCCUACACUCCUGCGCCGCUGGUUACUGAAGCCGCACCUAGGACUACGCUUAGCAAUUGUUGUCAGGACGUCACACGAAGCAGAAGGGUGCUUAGGGUGCACUGAUUUUUGCCAGGAGCUGCUUGCUAUUCCCAAGCUGCCGUCCGCUGCACUCCAGGUGAGAUGGGGCAGGGCCAACUACUUCAUCGCAAGUGCUCAUGACAGCGGUGAACUGAUAGUUUGGCGAGCGGACACCGGUGCAGAAGUCAAGCGCUUAAAGGCCCAUGAUGCGGGCAUUUCAAAGUUUGACUUCAACGACGAUCGCGAACUAAUGGCUACCGUCUCGCAUGACAUGAGCGUUUGCGUUUGGGACAUUGGCAAAGGCACCGAGUGGAGGAUGCUGUACAAGGCACAGACCGACCGGCCGCUGAACGCUGUGGCCCUGGGCCCACUGCCGCAGAAGGCUGCGCUGGGUGCCCCAGCCGAGCGCCCGGGGCGCGUUUGUGUGGUCGCGGCUGGCGGCCAGGACGUGCGGGACGUUGCUCGAAGCAGCAGCGCAACCGAGCAAUUUGGGACGCUGCUUUUCCGCCUCGGGGUCGCCGAGAAGCUGCCAUGCGAGCUGAAGGCCGAUGGCGUCACCAACAAAGGCCACUUUGGUCCGGUUCACACCUUGGCGUUUGCUGGUGACGGCUCCGCCAUAGCCUCUGGCUCUGAGGAUGGCUUUGUGCGUGUGCACAUUUUUGACAAAGAGGAGUUGGCAUCAGUCUGA